CAGUGUUUUGUUUGAUGGCCACAGCAGCACAGCAGUCCAGAAAUAAUUUUGUGCUUUUACUCUUCAAGACAUCUGUUUUUGGAUGCCUUAAACAUGCCAGUAUCUUGCAUUGCAUACAACUGUCGUAGUAAAAGGGAAAAGGGCGUGGGAUUUCACAGGUUUCCGCAUGAAAACCCUAAACUUCUCAAGUUAUGGAUUGCCAAACUUAAAUGGAAGGACUGGACUCCAAGUCCAAAUACAAUGAUCUGUUCCAAACACUUUGAGGCAAAAGACGUGGAUGUGACUGGAUUUAGACCACGCUUAAGACCAGGAGCCGUGCCCACCAUCUUCGACUUUCCUGAGUCCAUCGCCAUCAAGCCAAGAAAAGUAUUAAUCAACCCACGCAGUAAACGAGCUACAACUGACCCCGGGCUCCUCACGUCUCUGGAGUAUCUGCCAGUGUGGCGAAGGAAGAAACAUCUGCAACAGACCCCAAGAGAUGUCAAACAAAGUUUCCAUGCUCAGCCUCAAUCCCAGGCACAGAAGCAGCCAGCAGAGGCACACAAGCAGCCAGCAGAGGCACAAAAGCAGCCCUCAGAGGCACAUAAGCAGCCCUCAGAGGCACAGAAGCAGCCAGCAGAGGCACAUAAGCAGCCCUCAAAAGCACAGAAGCAGCCCUCAAAGGCACAGAAGCAGCCAGCAGAGGCACAGAAGCAGCCAGCAGAGGCACAGAAGCAGCCAGCAGAGGCACAGAAGCAGCCCGCAGCAUCUGUGGCUGAGGCUUCUAUAGUGAUCUGGCCCAUUGUAGGGGAUGCAUCCAUGUUCAGGAGACGAAGUUUGCCAAGUUUCUUCCACAGCCACUACUGUCGUCCACAGUCUUUUCACUGGCCUGGUGAUGCUGAAGCGAAUUUUGAGCCUUCGCUGACUGAGAAGAAUGUGGUGUCAACAAUCCCACAUGUUAUAAAGGUCACCGGGAGAUGGCAGUGGCUUGGCUUGGAUUUCAGAGGCCCAUUACCACAGACCAUGAAUGGUGACCGGUUUCUAUUGACCGUAACUGACUAUCACUCCAAGUGGGUUGAAGCUUUUCCUGUGACGGCCAUGGUCAGUCAUGAGGCGGCUGGAAUCCUGUGUGAUCUCUUUGCUCAGUUUGGCUACCCGUUCGGUGUUCUCUCGCGCCUCAGUAGAGACUCCAUAAGAAAAUUAAACGUUAUGAUCCGCUAUCAGUUGAAGAAGAAGAGGGGGCUGCAAUAUGACAGUGAUUUAAUUGUGCACCACCGUCAAACAGCAUACCUGGAUCCUGUCACAGAAUCGCGCAUCGGCAGCAUGGUGUCUGAACUCGUAAAGGAACACCCUGAUACCUGGAAUGUGUACCUGCCUGGUGGUGUUCUUCGCUUGUGUUGCAGUGAGCAUCCCACUAUUGGAAAGAGUCCCUUUGCCCGCAUGUACCUCAAAGAACCCCAACCAGUCACCACACCCAGAGACUUACCGUUUUCUCCAGCCGUCGUUGAAGAUAGCUCCUUUGUGGUUGACUUGUCAGAAAAGUCAGACGACAACCAACAGCAGAGUGCAGCAUCUCAAUUGACUGAUACAGUGGGAUCUGAGGAGGUGGCUGGAGGCACACCUUUAAAUGGAGAAGGGUGCACAAAUGGAGAAAGCUGUUCAAAUGGAGAGGAGCAGUCAAGAUGACAGACAAUAUUGUGCAUGACAAUCUUAACACUCACUCCACAUCCAUAUUUGUGUGAUAGCGGCUUUCUAGUUACAGAUGCCUUCCCAGAGACUCUUAGUCACAGAAAUUUCCAUUUUAAGUUAGCUUGCUGGUGUAGGAGAAAGGAGAAAGCCUGCUCUUACAAUUUUGCCUGUUUAAUACAUUAAUUGAAUGAGAUACAUGAGAGGGCUGAUAGAAUAUUGACGCUAUUGAGGCUUCCCUUCUCAUUUCAUGUUGCUGAACUUCUUUGUUGAAGCUAUUGCAGAGGUUGUUUUCUGUUUCGUGGCUCAACAGUCAAAAACACCUUGCUGAAUAUAAUGUUGAGUUAUUGAAUGCAAAUCGGAGCAUUCUAAGGGUUUUACAUUCUAUGGAAUGUCACAUGCUGUUGUAUUUGUAUACUGUAUUUCGUAAAGUAAAAUAUCUAAACAGA